CUGUGGUGUAAGCUGUCAAUCAGUCAUUUUCAGUCAGCUAUCAGUAAGUGUAGGUCGGCCUAGGAAUUAAAAUUCUGAAUAAAAUUCAUUGUGCAACCAUGGAGUGGACGGUACCAGUAAAUGAGGUAUUAAGGGAAGAAAUAACUAAAGUGAACUACACCCUCAUACCACCAGGGUUCCAGGGGGAUGUGCGGAGCAUUCGGGUGAUGCAGGAUAGCCUGUCAAAGUUAAUCGACGUGCUCGGUGAGCAGUCCGCAUCAGCGCAGGCGCUCAACAAAAUUAUAACUACCGCCGACAAGCUGCGCAACUCGCCCGCGCACACGCUCUACCUGCUGAAAGAUGCUAAUGCAAACAGUGGCAAGGGCGAGCUGAUCGGGAUGCUGAAGGUGGGCCGCAAGCACCUGUUCCUGUUCGACGAGCGCGACAAGGUGUGCGAGGUGGAGCCGCUGUGCGUGCUCGACUUCUACGUGGUGCCCGACCGCCAGCGGCACGGGCUCGGCAAGAUGCUCUUCGACCACAUGCUGAAGGACAUGGAGUGUUCGCCGCUGGAGAUGGCGAUAGACGGGCCGUCGGCCAAGAUGGAGAGCUUCCUGGCGAAGAAUUACGGCGUGGAGCGGCUCGUGCGCCAAAACAACAACUUCGCCGUCGCGCCCCAGUUCUUCUCCAACGCCGUCGAUGUCAGUAAGUCCGGCCGCAGCACGCCGGUGGUGCAGCCCGCCGUCGGCAGGUUCGCGGCUCACAAGCCACCUUCGGCCAUCGCUACGGUGAUCCACGGCGGCGGCAACGGCUACAAAGGGAAAAAUAACGACCCCGCGGCGGCGUCUCCGCCGGGCAGCCCGGUUGCCGAGAUGGCGCCGCCGGCCGCGGAGGUGGAGGCGGAGGCGGAGGCGGAGGAGCCGCCGCCGCUCGAGCUGGCGACCAGGCCGAGCCCGGAGCGGCCGUGCACGCUGCAAGUGGAGGCGGCCGCCGCGCCCGCGCCGCUGGCGACACCUACGGCGGCCGGCGCAAGCGCACCCAUGUCGCCCGCCGGAUCCACCAUCUCGCGCCGCGAUUCGCAGCUCACCGACCGCGGCUUUUUCGAUGUCAAGUUCUACCAUAACAAGCUGUGGUAGAUACCACCGCUGCCGCCGCCGCCGCCGCCGCCGCCGCCGCCGCCGCCACGCGACGCGCAAACGCUCAAACUCCGUGUGGUAUUUAUAGAAGUUUAUACAACGCCUGCGCGGUAUUAUUAUUGCUAGGGAAAAUAAGACAGUAACGCAUUAAAAAUUUUACGCUUCACAUGGCCGUACCGCCGCGCCUGGGCACCCGAGCACGACAGUGGCGCCACCGCACGUCCACGUCCUGCAGCGGAUAGGACACAGUUUAUUUAAUUAAUUAAUUUAUUUAUUUAUUUGUAACAAUUAUUAAUUUAUUUGCUCGAAAUGAAGUAACAAUAAUGAUCUUAAAUAUCACUGAUCUACACAUUUCGCGUUAUAGGCAUGCAAAUUUAAUAUUAUAAUUUAUAGGAUUACCAACAUAAGAUACAGCUAAACAUUUCAAUACAAUACACUGGCAGAUUAGAUCUAACUGUCCUUACAUUUAUAGGCGACCACAGCAUGCCUUGUGUUUGAUAAACAUUAAAAUGGAAUUAAAUUAUUAAAUGUCAUUAUAUGAGUAAAGAUAUUAACAAUAUGAAUAAUAAUAUAAUAUAAAUAAUGGAAAUUAUGUUUAAAUUAUUAUAAAUUAUAAAUAAAUAUAAUGAAAGCACAGCAGUACGUGAUGUAAUCAAUGUAUGGUUUUGUUCGACUCGUGCACACCAAUAUAUGUAGUAUACGAAAACCGUCUUAAAAACCAAUGCAAUAAAGUCAGAAUUGUAUGUAAACGUUCUUUUUAUGAGUGUAUUCAGUGUGAGCAUACGCAGGGGCGCGGUGAAAGAGAACACCAUGCUUAAUGGAUCGUAGGCACGGAUGAGUGGCGGCAUCUAUAGUAUUUCACCAGAGGGAGACUUUGUACAAAAUUAGAUUGCUUGGGUACCUCUGUCCCAUUCGUGUUUCCACCGUGAAGCAGUCGUGUUUGCAUGGCUGUAUUUCGGUUUGAAGGAUGGGAUAUGGCGUGAAUUUACUGGGUACAGAGGAAUAACAUCGGAGUUCUCAGGAAUGGCAACGCAUGGGGGGUAUCAUGGGCGAAACAGUAUACUCUGUUAUGUCCAUGGUACUGCUCAUGUCUAUAGGCGACGGUUACCACUUUCCAUCAGGUGGGCCGUCAGCUUGUUUGCCAUUCUAAGUUGCAUAAAAAAAUCUAUAGUAUCACAAUUUACGAGUGUCUAGAACGGAUACGUUAACUUACUCUUGGCCUUCUUGUCCUUCCUAAAUAUAUGAAUGCACGAUGCGGACGUAGCCAGAGUGUCUAUUUUAAAAGAACAUUAACGUCUGUCGCUGGUACAAGUGGCGGCCGCUCCGUGGCUACGACCUCGCGAGCCGAGACCACUCGCCACUCACAAACCAAAUAUUGUUAUGCCACUAUUGUAUUGAUUAAUUGUUAUGGUUUUGUUAAAUAUUUAUAAUAUUGUAGAUAGUACAUUAUACACUGGCAGGCGGCUCGCUCGCGACCGACCACCACGCCCUCUAUACACGACAGCCUCGUAAUAACCUGAAAGUAUUAUGUAAUAGUUAGUAUGAACUGCGACCGAAUCAUGUUUCGUUUUGUACUUUUAGUCUCGUUAGGUAUAUUUAUUGUUUUUGUGUUCUGAGUUAGCUAGUUGGUUUUUUUUUUUUUUGAUGGGUGAAAAUGGUAUGGUAACCCCGCACGCGCUAACGGAAUACGCUGGCGGAGCACCAAUGAAGGGUGAUAGAUGAGAAUGAAAACAGGCCAGUUAGCCCAUCAUGAUGAAUUCAUCAGGACUUAAACAUGAUAGUUUCCAGGGGGAACCGCGAGGAGGUCGACCUGGUUGGAUAUAUUGCUAGCAAAACUAGCUAGUUGGUUCUUCUAUUUGACUGCGCAGCACUCGUUUAUUAUAAUUAACUACUUACAAUAGUUUUUAAGAGAGAUAAUUGUAACGUUUGCACAGCAAAUUGAUCAAGUGAUAGCGUUGCAUUUGCGAGCUCGUGGUAUUCGACACACGGCCUCGUUGAUUUUCUAUAGACGUAAUCUCAUUCCCUACACUUGCAUUUACCGUUUGCUUUAGCGAUACUUAGCAUAGGAAUAUAACUCGAACCUGUAUAAUAUAACAUGUUUCUCGUAACGAACGGUUCAAUGGAUUGUAUUUUUUAAUCAUGAUUUACCGUUUUGCUCUUAUAAUAAAAUAAUGUUAUAGUAAAAA